CCGUUCAUGGUGAAGUCCCUGUAGAGCAUCCUCUUCCCGACCUCCUUCCGCUGGACCCUGCGUGGGAACUCCAGACACACAUGCUACAACUCAUGUGCCAAGCUCCACCCCCACGAUAAAGACAUUUACCACUAAGGCCCUGGCCCAUCACACCACCAUUGGAUGACAUCAGCAUCCGAUGUCUCACAAAUAAAGGCGGGAGCUGCGUACAAACCAGUCCAAAGAGGAAGAAUUUGUGGUGGUGGAGAUGAUCGUGUGGGCUGCCUUGCUGAUGUGCCACUCCAGUUUUGGCUUCUAUGGAGCCGCUGGACAACACGUGGAGGCGGAAAGGAUCAAGAGAUGCGGCACAAGGUGCUCUCAGGGCCUCCAAUGCAAGACCAAGCCAGCCCAUUUUCUUCCUCCUCCGUGCCAGGAGCCCGCCAAUGGGCUCGACGCCUCCUCCGUUUUCCGCAACCUCAGCUUUUCCACCGCCGUGAUGUGCGAGGGGAGCCAGAAAUGCUCCAUGCAUCUUCGGAUCAAGACCACCGUACAACUUACCAAGUCCAUCCACGGCUUGUACAUUUGCUCCGAGACGCCGGCAUUGCUGCCCAAGUGCCGAAUGAUUCGCAUCUCCAAGGCGUCCAGGCGGGCAAUGGCAGGGAUGCAGGUGGAGCUGGAGAACGACUGCGUCGGCGUUUACCCGCGGCAGCAAGUGAGAGUCACCGUGGCCACGCUGCCGAGCUACUGUGGGAUAACUCGAAGUGGGACCUACCUAGCUCCAGACUGCUCGUGGAAGGAUCUGAGAAGAAACGUCCCCGAAUGCAUCACUGGUCGGAUAUGGCAUGACGUCAACUGGGAGAGAAAGGAGGUGCACGUCGCCGUGAGCGACAUGCUGGAGGGUCAAGACUAUCAAGUGCGACUGUGCCACAAGGAUUUCAUCUGCACCGGCACGGGGGCUAGCGCUCUCAUCAAGAAAGAGGAACCCAAAAAGAGUGCCGUGCUGUCUUUCUCCAGACCAUUGCCAUGCCUGUGCAUCGAGGGCUGGUCGGCGGUGAUCGACGCCCCCAGAGUGCAGGUCUGCCCCUUCAAAGACCGCAUGGAGGAGAUGUGGCACGGGAUCCAUUUCGACCCGCUGGAGGAGGCGCUUUCGUGGGCACCCGCCUGUCCGCUCUCGGCCCGGGUGGCGCUGUGUCAGAGGGAGGCGAGCGGCGGCUGUGUGGACGUGGAGAGCGCCUGGCGAAAUAUCAGCAGAGGAAAGAUAACAUUUGCAAAAGUGGACCCUCACCCUCAACUGUGCAUGAAGUUCACUGCAGGCAACCAGUCUUGGAUCAAGUGUCCUUUUGUCAGGAGACUCCAAGUGUGGGAUGUGAGCUGGACACCGCAGGGUUUGACGCUGACCUCACACAUCAACGCCACUUUCCGCAUUGACGCAUGCACGCCGUCCCAAGGCUCUGCGGCGUGUCGCACGACGGGGGCCCGCAUGACUGCACAAGUGGGGGAGCACUCGUCCAUUGGCCUGACCUUGCCGGACGCUCACUCUUGUAUUCAUGUGAGGAGGAUCGAUGUGAAUUACGCCGCCACGGUCCUUCACUGUUUCACCCAGGAACCCGGUCAGGCGCUGCCUCUCCUCGCCACGGGAGCCACUUGGAACGCCAUCCCGCUUUGCUUUUGCCUCGCCGCCGCCGCCGUCAUCGUAGCCGUCGCCGCCGCCACCUUGGCGAUCCUUGCUAUGAUCACAGAAACGGGAGGCAGAGGCCGAUUGUGGAACUUGGCGCUGACGCCAAUGCACCGAUGCAGGGCGGGCAAACCUGCAGGGCGCACGUGACGACAGCCUGGAUGUGACGUACAAGCCCAAGGAG